AACCGACGCCGUCAUGGCUGUCGUGAUUUGUUUUCUCGUGGUUUUUCCGCGAUGUUGAUAAGACGACAAGGUGCCCCUCGGUUAUCUCCUCAUUGGAAAUCUCACGUUUUCUUUUAGGCGCUUCGUAAUUUUCUUCGUUGCAAUGACCGCGGCGUCAUUGAAGGCGGCUAAAAGUGCAAUAAGAGCUGAAAUGAAGAAGCAGCUGAAGUCGAUGACAGUAGAAGACAGGCUCCGACAGUCUAAGAUCAUACUGGACAAGUUUGUAAACCAUUGCCGCUACAAGGCAAGUAACCGAAUAUCCAUUUUUGUGAACAUGGAGACAGAAGUUUCGACGGAGCCCAUCAUUCGUCAAAUCAUCAACGAUGGCAAAGAGUGCUUCAUCCCAAAAUACGACGAUCAGUCACGGCAAAUGGACAUGGUCAAACUUGCAUCGCUUGAAGAACUGGAGAAGCUACCAAUGACAAAGUGGCGUAUCAAGCAGCACACUGAUUUCGACCCGCGUGAAGAAGCACUGGUGACUGGUGGUAUUGACCUUCUCGUGGUACCUGCUGUAGCCUUCACACCACAGGGUGCCCGUCUGGGCCAUGGAAAAGGAUACUACGAUAUCUACUACAGUCGCUGCCUCAAAGCGCAAUCUCAAAGGCCUUACACUCUAGGUCUCUGCUUCUGCCAACAAAUUGUGCCAAGCAUACCAUUAGAUGACCAUGACAUGAUUGUUGAUGAGGUUCUUCAUGCCUGAUCGAUGCCAAGGCUCCACCAGCUUUGUGAUGUCGCAUUUAUUCUACUACUGCCACUGUCAUUGACAUGUAACGGGUAAUAAAACGGAUAUAUUUUAUUAAA